UGGCAUUUGCUGCAUUCAGUAUCAAUCACACCCACGGGAAACCAGACGGUUCCCACACACAGCUGGAAGCCCACAACACCUCUGAUUUCCUUUCCUUUUAACUUAAUCAUCCCCAGAAAAACUUCCUUUGCAGAGAUAAACAGCCCAGCUCUCCGCCCCCUUCCAAAAUAACAUGUAAGAUGAAGCCUACCUCGGAAGAUUUAUCUGCCUCUCCUGUUGCUCUGAAAGUGGACAAAAUGAAAAGGCAUCCGGAUUUCUGCUGGGCGAUCAGUCUCCUAACUGCUCUCUGUUGGCACCCAGCGUGGGCUCAAGCCUGUGGGGGCCAAGAGUAUCGGGGCGCGGACGGUCGCUGUGUCCUCUGCCAGACGUGUCCAGCUGGAGAGGAGCCCGACAGAAAAUGCGGUUACGGUGCAGGAUUAGGGAUGGCCUGCAAGCCGUGUCCGGCCGGGUCCUUCUCUCCCACCUCUGGGCUGGGAUUCUGCUCCUUGCAUACUCCUUGCGAGGCCAAGAAGAGGGUCCACCUCCACAUCGGAACGGCGACUGCAGACACUUGGUGUGGUGCCUGCUUACCUGGGUACUACAGUCCAGAAGGGGAGACGGAUCCGAGGAGCCCGUGUCUCCCUUGCCUGGCGGCCCCCAGUGGGGUAUCCGGAUGUCAAGGGUCCAGAAAACCUCCCGCUCGCCUGAGCCGAAACGCCGAGGCCCCUCCCAGACGAGGCGAGAAAACGGCGCUGAACGGCACCCGGGAUGGGAAGCCGGACGACAGCGCCACGCAGUACGCGGUGCUGGCCAUCGUCCCCGUCUUCUGCAUUAUGGGCUUGCUGGGCAUCCUCUUCUGCAAUCUGCUGAUGAAGAAGGGGUACCAUUGCACGGCCCAGAAGGAGACAGACGAAGAGGCCGCCAAAUCAGACAGAACCGGGAACAGUUCGGGCUAUAAGACCGAAGACCUUAACGAGGAUACCAUCGGGGUGCUGGUGCGGCUGAUCACCGAGAAAAAAAGAAAAUGCAGCCGUCCUAGAAGAGAUGCUGAAGGAGUACCACAGCAAGCAACUCACCCAGCCAACUUACAAGCCUGUGAACAAGUUGCAUCUCCUGCCCCAGAUCCCCCACAUCUGCCAGCAUCAGCACCACCUCCACACCAUCCAGGGCCUGGCCAUGCGCUCGGGCCCCAGCUGCACCCGCUGCAGCCAGACGAAGUGGCCGGAGAUGCUACGGUCCACCGAGGCUGUGUCCAGCCGUGUCCAGCCGGGGGAGAUCACCAUCCUCUCCGUGGGCAGGUUCCGCGUGGCCCGUAUCCCCGAGCAGAGAGCCAACCCCACGGAACUGAAGACCAUCUCCGAGGGGGUGGGGGAGGCCGAGCCCAGCCAGCCCCCUCACCCCUCCCUCGCCCCAGAGCCAAAGCUGCUGGCCAGCCAUGGGGGGAAACUGAAGCGGCCCACGGGGGCAGAGAGUCAGCAAGAGGUUGUCAUUUGACUGCCCCUCGGCCGAGAAGAAGGAGCAACGCAACAUUUGUGGACGCUGCGCGUCAGGAGCGCCUUCCCGCCCGCUGCGCCUGGGCUGGACCCAGGCGAAGGUGGCGGCCAGCCGGCUUUUCUCGCUGCUCCUUGGACCCCGUCUGGGUCGGACUCUGCUGGGGGGGGGGGGCUGGGCAGCUCCAGAGGACCCUCCCAGCUUGCCCAGAGACUUCAAAGGACCCAAGGUUUUGGAGAGGCUGGCCGGAGGAGCCCCUUUGCUUUACGUUAUCCUUUUGCACGGCUCAGAGGCAGCUCCGUCACGCGCCAGCCAGGCCGGGUAGGACGAGAAAGAAAAAAGCCUCUUCUUAUUGCGGCCCAGGACUUAGCGGAACUGUGGCGCCUCCGCCACGUCGAGCUGGUGACCGCGUGGACUCCUCCGUGUCAUUUCCUGGGCAACCCUACGGAAGUCGGUCCCGGUUGCGGGUUUUUCUUUUCUUUCCUGACAUGUUUCCUCGCCUUCCCCAUUUAGCCACGCCCCCUGGGAUUUCCUGAUGGUGUCCCAUCCCGCCCCCUAACCCUUUCUGAAAUUGUUCAGCAUCUGAACACAGCUGUGCUGAGGAACUGCUGCUGCUGAUGGGCAGUGUGUGCCUGUGGUUGUGCGUGUGAUAUACGUAUCUUCCUCUACUUGAAUGGGGAGGGAAGACACCUUUGAGUGCGUGUGUGUGUGUGUGUGUGUGUGUGUGUGUGUGUGUGUGUGUAGAGAAAGAGAGGGAGGGAAGGAA